AAAAACGUAGCAAACCCGUCGCUACUUUUAGGCAAUCGUCAGUCAUUCCGCAUGUUAGAAGUAUCGCGUUGUUCAUGUACUUACGAAAGCGUGGGUUCCUCGGCGCAUGCGCAUAAGUUUGCAACGCACAAUUUCGUUUCAAACACGUAAAACAAUUCUGAUUUGUUCGCUGCGGAGUAGAGCAGACACAUUGUAAGCAAUGAGCACCACCAAAGUAGCUCUGGUGACUGGUGCAAACAAAGGCAUCGGGUUUGCAAUCGUAAGGGCGCUGUGUAAAGAUUAUGCCGGGGACGUGUACCUGACAGCCCGUGACAUCGGUCGAGGAACCGCGGCGGUGGACAGUCUGAAAAAGGAGGAGGGGCUGUCACCUCUCUUCCAUCAGCUGGAUAUCAAUGACCCAAACAGCGUCCGCGCGGCACGGGACUUCUUCAAAGAGAAGUACGGGGGAGUGGACGUGCUCAUCAACAAUGCUGGGAUCGCCUUCAAAAUGGCAGACACGACCCCCUUUGGGAUCCAAGCAGAUGUGACACUGAAGACCAAUUUUUUUGCCACUAAAGAUAUUUGCAAUGUGUUCUUGCCCAUUAUCAAACCAGGAGGCAGGGUAGUGAAUGUCUCAAGCAUGAUGGGCUCUAUGGCUUUGGGGCGCUGCAGUCCAGAACUCCAGGCCCGUUUCCGUAGCAAUGACAUCACCGAGGAGGAGUUGGUGGAGCUGAUGGAGCAGUUUGUCCGUGAUGCCCAGGAAGGGCUCCACUCAGAAAGAGGCUGGCCCACCACCGCAUAUGGAGUCUCCAAAACCGGCCUCACCACCUUAACUAGAAUCCUGGCCCGAAACCUGAUGAAAGAGAGAUCUGGAGAUGAGAUCCUGUGUAAUGCCUGCUGUCCAGGUUGGGUCAGGACUGACAUGGCUGGACCAAAUGCAACCAAGUCACCUGAUGAGGGCGCUGUCACUCCAGUUUACUUAGCAUUGCUACCUGCAGGGUCUAAAGAGCCCCAUGGGCAGUUUGUAUCAGAGAUGAAAGUUCAGCCCUGGUGAGAAGGAAGAGAGAGCGCAUGAGAGAGAGAGAGAGAGAGAGAGAGGUUGUGUAUGUUUGCGUUUUAAAGCUUAAGUCAAGUUUAGACACUCGCAGGGGUCAUUUGGAUAUUGUAACCUCUAAAUCCAGACAUUCUUCUUCUAGAAAUUUCAGACUGAAGCUUUGAUAAAAGGCCUCAGGUACUCCAAAAAUAUACAAAAUUACUGUGUGUGUAUUGUGUAAUAUCAUAUUAUUUUAAGUAAAACCAAAAAUGUAAAAGCUUAAAAAUCUGGUCAAAGUUUUUUUGUGAGCAGACAAAUUAAAUGGCUAAAUAAAAUAAUGUAAAUUCAUACUCUUAUAUUUAAAUCGGAAUUAACAGAUUUUACGUGGCAUUCAGUCAUUAGACCAAAAAUGCUUUUGUGUGUGAAUGUGUCGGUACAAAAUUAGAUAAAAUAAUUUUAAAUAAAAUUAAUUUAUACUUUAAUUAAUCCUCAAUAAAUAAUUAAUCUUACUAAGCGGCAUUAAAAUGAAGAAGGUUGUGACCCAAAACUGGAACAGAAAACUAUGAAUUACCAAAAUAAAGUUUCAUGAUCUAUCUCACCCAGUUUAUUGUUUUUUUUGAGCUCAUGAAAGAUGUAUUAUAAGCAUAUAGUGAGAAGUGCACAUAGUUUGGAAGAACAAAAAAACAUCUUAAAGGGACAGUUCACCCAAAAAUUUAAAUGUACUCACCCUCAUGCCAUCCCAGAUCUGUAUGACUUUAUUUCUUCUGCAGAACACAAAUAAAGAUGUUAAGAAGAAUAUUUCAUCUCUGUAAGGCCUCACAAUGCA